AUGCUAACUCCGAGAUUUAAGUUAUCUCAAGACGAAAAUCAUGUGUUUAUAACCGUACAUGCACCUUAUACAAAUAUCGGCGAGUCGGAGAUCGAUAUUGAUGGCGAGAAUUUUCUAUUUGUGUCUAGUCCAUACUUCCUUAGACUACGACUACCUGGAAAAAUUGUUGAGAACGAUCGGUCAAAAGUUGAAAUGCUCGAAGAAGAUGGCGUAAAUAUAUCCGACAAUGAAGAUGAUGAUAAGGCCAGCGUGGAGGAGGAAUGCAAUAAAUACUCAUAUGGAUUUGCAAACAAAAUAACAACAGACUUCAAAGAUAUUGGCGAGGAAUUUCCGCAGAUAUUCGAACUUCGCGUACCAGAAAGAGUACCUAUUGAAGAACGGAAUGAAUUGCGCGAAAAAUACGAAAACCAUAAAUUUUCGUCGGAUCACUAUUUGGCUGAUUUGUAUGAAGAAGAAUUACUGGCUCCUCACCUAGCAGUGGUCACAGAGUGGUGUGCACCCGAUUUUAAUAAAGAAAUCGAUUUCACAGAUGAAGAAGUUAGCAUAUUAAAGGAAUUGCCAAAUAAACAUUACUUAUUGAGCAAAAAAGAGCAAAAGCAAGUGUUUAUGGGACUGGUUGAUAUAUUAUAUGGUUAUUGUUAUGAUAAACGCACAACUCAAAACGAAAGUAACGUGGAAUCGAGUUGGACAAUUAAUAAGUUGUCACCAACUUUGAGUUGCUUUUGCAUAUUUAAAGAUACCAAAGAAGUGCUUAUUGCCUGCUAUCGGCGCGCUCUCGUAUUUCCGAUAUUUCGUAACUUUGAACUAUGCACAAAAGUACACAAAGACUUGGUAGCAUUAUUGAAGAUAGGAAAGAAAUAUGUCAUCAAAUGUCUGAUCAGUAUUUUUAGUAUGUUCAAUCUAAAUACCGAAGCAAGGUACAUAUUAAACCAGUUGUAUAUCAAGGAUUAUUUAAUAUUUUUACAAAAAUGUCGCGCCGAGGAGUUUGAUCAGCUCGCCAAUGAAAUUGAUGAUAUUGUAAUAUUGAAAAAGGAUUUAGGACUUGAAUUAGAUGAGUUGGAAGCUGCAGCAGAAAUGGUUAAACUUGAAGAGACUCAGAUAAUGGAAAAUGAAAUGGCUGUAAAGAUGGCUCAUAUGUCACUAUUACCCGGACUUAAGAAGGCUACAUACAUGAGCAGUGAUGAGACAGAUGAGUCAUCCGAUUCAGAUGAUUCUUCGAGCGAUUCAAGCAGCGAUUCUUCUUCCAGUGAUUCAUCUGAAUGGGAUUCAGAUGAUGAGAGAUCCUGA